AUGGAGAGCGGGGCCUACGGCGUGGCCGAGGCGGGCGGCUCCUUCGACCUGCGGCCCUUCCUGACGCAGCCGCAGGUGGUGGCGCGCGCCCUGUGCUUGGUGAUCUUCGCCUUGAUCGUGUUCUCCUGCAUCUAUGGCGAGGGCUACAGCAACACCCAUAAGUCUAAGCAGAUGCACUGCGUGUUCAACCACAACGAGGAUGCCUGCCGCUAUGGCAGUGCCAUCGGGGUGCUGGCCUUCCUGGCCUCGGCCUUCUUCUUGGUGGUCGACGCGUAUUUCCCCCAGAUCAGCAACGCCACUGACCGCAAGUACCUCGUCAUUGGUGACCUGCUCUUUUCGGGGUGUGCUGGCCUCCCUGACCUACCAGCGCUACAAGGCUGGCGUGGACGACUUCAUCCAGAACUACGUCGACCCCACUCCGGACCCCAACACUGCCUACGCCUCCUACCCAGGUGCAUCUGUGGACAACUACCAACAGCCACCCUUCACCCAGAAUGCGGAGACCACCGAGGGCUACCAGCCGCCACCUGUGUACUGAGUGGCUGUUAGGGUGGGAAGAGGGACAGAGAGGGCCCUCCUCUCUGCCCUGGACUUUCCCAUGAGCCUCCUGGAACUGCCAAACCCCCUCUUUCACCUGUUCCAUCCUGUGCAGCUGACACACAGCUAAGGAGCCUUACAGCCUGGCGGGGGCUGGCAGAGCCACACCCCAAGUGCCUGUGCCCAGAGGGCUUCAGUCAGCCGCUCACUCCUCCAGGGCACUUUUAGGAAAGGGUUUUUAGCUAGUGUUUUUCCUUGCUUUUAAUGGCCCCAACCCCGCCUGGAGUGGCUAGAAGCCAGCAGGCACCCAUGUGCUACUGACAAGUGCCUCAGCUUCCCCCCGGCCCCGGUCCGGCCACGGGAGCCGCUGUUACUUGCGUUCUCUGCCAGACUCGUGGAGGCCGUCACACCUACCCUGUGCAGCGGAGCCGGACCAGGCUCUUGUGUCCUCACUCAGGUUUGCUUCCCCUGUGUCCACUGCUGUAUGAUCUGGGGGCCACCACCCUGUGCCGGUGGCCUCUGGGCUGCCUCCCAUGGUGUGAAGGCCGGGCUGGUGCUCAUGGCACUUCCUCCUUGCUCCCACCCCUGGCAGCAGGGAAUGGCUUUGCCUGACAACACCCAGCUUUAUGUAAAUAUUCUUCAGUUGUUACUUAGGAAGCCUGGGGAGGGCAGAGG